AUGAUUUCCGCAUCACCGGUUCCCGUGGGGUCCAGCGUCUUUUUUACUUUGGCCCUCCUUACGAUCUCUGUGCUAGUUUUGUUACUUCUGCGACGCUUUCUCACUCUCCGCGCGACUCCGGCCUACCUUUCCAUCCCCGUCUUCCUUGCACUCGCGCUUCCGGCCAGUGUAGUUCUUCUAGUACCAAUUGAUCUAGCAUCGAGUUCGCGCGAUGGCGGAGGCCCCACGGCCAUCUGGCUACCCGACCGUCUAAUUCUCGUCUCCUGGCGCAUUGCUUACUGGCUAAUCUUUGUGCUGACAUGGGCCAUCCUUCCUUUACUCGGAGAAUACAUUGAUUCGGGCUACCGUGAUCCGAAGGGUCGCAUUCAAUAUUCUAUUCGUUCCAAUGCGCGGUACCAACUGAUUGUUCUGUGCUGUGCAACGGUCGGAUUAAUCUACAUCUCGAUCCAGAAUGGCUUUGAAUUCACCUCGAUUAAGACGCUAGUGAUGGCUCUUGCAUAUGUUUGGGGUCUGGUUCUGGCCAUCUAUCUGAUGGGUCACGGACUUGUGUCCAUUCCCCGCACGCUCUUCCGUAACUCCAACGUCAGUGGUCGUCUGCGAAGAAUCCAAGCACAUGCUCCGAAACUGCACGACCGUUUGAUGGACGCCAUUAACGACCUGGAAAGCUUGGAGUCGCAAGUUGCUCAAUUGCAGCGUCGCAAAACGGGCACCGCUCGUGAUUUUCAGGAAUGGAUCGAUGAAUUGGCAGAGACGUCGAACCCGCCCGAGCUGCGUUCGGGGCUCUUGGAACAUGCGGACGGGCCCGGCACUAUCCCUGCCGUCAUUACUGAACGUUACCUUGCGGACUUGACCCGACGUCUUCAGCGCGCUCGGCAUCAGAAGGCUCGCUUCGUCGAUGAGUGGGAUCGCUUGGUCCUAUCCGCAGCGGACAUGCAGGCAAUUAUCAAUGCGUCGGCAUCUAAGAAGCUCGAGUUUAUUCACUCCCCCCAUCGAUCAUCUUGGCUCCCGAGCCUGAACUUCCUGAGUCCCUAUAUGCGCUACCACCUCUAUGUGCAUGUCAUUCCAAACGUACGACUUGCACUAGGCGCAGUUUUCUCGGCGGCCUCCGUGUGCGUUGUCUGGUCGGAGUUGGUCAAGUCCUUGGCGCCUCGGCUAUCCGUUGUGACGCUUUCUAUAGUUUCUUACCACAAGGAGCCUGCGCCGGUUGACUUUGGGCGCCAAUUGAUUGCCUCUGCUUGGCUGCUGUACAUGUGCUCGGCAGCAUUAGUGGGUGUGAACGACGCCAAAGUGUGGGGCAACCGUGCUUUGGUCCGCCGAAACACGUACGGGGAGAGCGCCUGUUGGUAUGCGGGGCUAGUCGCCAGACUGACGGUUCCCAUCGCUUACAACUUCUUGACCUUUUUGCCUGCGACCGUCCGGCAGAACACUACUUUUUACAAGUUCUUGGGCCGGUUCAUUGAUCUUACCCCGCUCGGAAAGGGCUUUGAUUACUUCUUCCCGGUCUUCAUUCUGGUGCCUAUCGGUGCCACCCUAUUCAAUCUCUACGGUCGCGUCCAGAAUAUCUGCAGCUGGGGUCUCCUGGAAGAAGAAGACGAUGAUCUGGAGAACAACCCCGGUGGCUACGGACUAGGUGGGUGGCGAGAGGGGCGUGAUCUUAUCGACCGGGAGCUCAACGGCCUCGGCUCUUUGGGACUCUCCCCUCGUGGCGGUCGGUCACCUCGCCCGUCCAGUCGCAUUGACGAUGACGCGCCAGCAUUCUCCUCCUCUCGCACCGCGCUGCUGGAGAGUUCUAGAACCCCUCGGGCCUCCAGAGGUACACCCGCCACGACUCCGUUGAUGGAAGAUGAGGAUGAAGAUAACUUUUUCCAGUCCUUCGCUCAUCGAGUGAAGAACACAUUUGAAACCGCCAGCAAGCCCCAGUGGCUGCAGGGCGACUCCUUCCGUCUUCCCAGAUGGAUGGGCAGCGAAAGCAAUGAGGGUGAUAGCGGACUGGCAAGGUGGUUUGGUGGUCGACCAGCACCUGGUGGAGUCCGACUACACUUUUACAUGCGAUACCCAACAAAACACGAUGAAUAUCACAACCACGUCACCACCAACCUCCCUCCGUCUUUGUACACUCUCCACCAUCAACUCGUCGCCACGCUCUCAUCAGCCAAAGACUCGACUCCCCUGCGCCUGCUUACGCCUUGGCCCGAACUACUAGCGGACCACCCCGACAGCGCAUACACCACACCCGUCGCUUACACUCUCAUCGUCUGUACAAUUGUCAUUCUCGUCAUGUCCUGGCGCACUCCGUUCGCCAACUUGUGGCGCCGUGGUUACACCAACGUCGACAAUACCCCCCAAGUCACCGACAACGACUACAGCUACAUCACACAAGAUGAUAUCGUUAACCCACCCGCAAACACGUAUCGCAAUCAAUACGCAGGAGCGGAGGACACCGAGCCCGACACUCUUAUUCUGAAACACCGCAAGGAAAAGUACGAUCUGCACUUCCCGGCUUACGCUAUCAACGACGGCGCCCUCAGCGUGGGUCAACUGAGACAGCGGGCAGCGGAGGCGACGCGCACCCCUGAUCCGAAGCGGAUCAAACUGCUCUACAAGGGGAAGUUGUUGGACAACGACUCGUUGCCGUGUCGGUCGGAGGGUCUCAAACAACAGUCGGAAGUGCUGUGUGUCGUCUCCGGAGUGGAGCCGGGGGAGAGCUCGCCCAGUGAAUUGUCCGAGGCGGAAGCUGACAGAAACGCGGAAUCCGCCCGUCAGGAGGGAUCUGGUCGCAAGAAACCGAAGAACAAGAAGCGCAACGGCAAAAAUAAGAAGAAGAGCGGAAAGCAAGGCGACGGUUCAAAUAGCCUCCCACCUCCCGCCGAAGAACCUCCGCGCCCGUCCAACGGAGCCGGCAUGCCGCCCCCAGCACCCAAUUUGAAGUCGUUCAACAACCCGAUCGACCAAGUGAACGCCCUGUCGUCGUAUCUGCAGCGGGAGCUCGUCCCUCUCUGCGAGGAAUACAUCACGAACACCCCGGCGGAUGCCAAGUCGCGCGAGUUCGAGUAUAAGAAGCUGACGGAGACAAUCCUGGCGCAGGUUCUUUUGAAUGCGGACAACAUCAACCCCGACGGUGUGCAGGAGAUCCGUGAUGCGCGUCGGGCUCUUGUCAAGUCAGCUCAGAACGCGCUCAACAGUCUGGACCAGGUCAGCAGGACAUGA